CUGUGGGAUAAAGAUACUCCCCCAAACCCCCUGCAAUGGUUCUUGUUUAAUGAUGUGCUUGGAAAUCAUAGAAUCAUGGAAUGGUUUGGGUUGGAAAAGGCCUUAAAGCUCAUCUCAGUCCACCCUCAGACACCUUCCACUAGACCAGGCUGCUCAGAGCCCCAUCCAGCCUGGCCUUGGACGCUCCCAGGGAUGAGGUGUCCCUGUGUUUCAGUAUGUUUUGGUAGGUCCUGACUUGCCUUUGUGCUGCCACCCCCUCCCACAGGUGUCCUGAUGCUCUGUGGGGCAAACAAGGGCUUCACUCAUCCCUUGGGGCUUCAGGCAGGAGGGCACCUGCCCAGCCUGGCCAUGGGGGUUCAGUCCAGUGGGUCUUUUCAGGACACAGGUACAGGGGUGUCUGUGGUAAAAUGAUUUCUGUGAGUUGCUGUGUCCCUUCAGCUGUGCUGCCUGUGCCUAGGGAUGUGGAAUGAGAGGAUAACUGGGUGUCCUCUUGUUCCACAGGCUGGGCUUGAAGGUGAAUACUCUUCCCGUGCUGGUCAGCAAACUCCAUGGGCAGCAGCCCUCCAAGCCCAUGCUUGCUCUGAUCGAGGUGUGGCCAAGGAAUUUAGAUCUCCUCUGCCUUCUGUCCUGCCAUCAGUUGGCCUCGUGUGGAGGAGGAGGCACAAGCUGUGCAAAGCAGUUUGUGGGACUGCACUGCUCUCCCUCUCUGGGGUUUGUGGUGUCCAGUAAAGCAUUCCAGUUAUUUUGAAGCCAGCAGAAGCCAUACAGACAUACGGUCCCUUUCUGUCCCCAGCUGCCUGUUCCACAAAAGCUUGUAGGAACUUUGUAAAUCUUUGAGUUCUUUAUCCCUCUGUCAAGGUUAGUGGAAUAUUGAUUGCUGGGGAGCUGGACAGACACACACUGUGUACUCAUACAAACCUCCUGGCAAGGGAUGCCAAACUGAAACCUGGUAUUUCAUUUCUUUAACUUUGCUUUUCCACUUCUGCUCUUGUCUUCUUAACCAAGUGAGCUGUGUCAUUUCAGUUCUGAUGAAUCUUGCCCUGUUCUUCUCCACUUCCAAGCCCUGCUUUGGAUGAAAUUGUCUUUAAUUGAUAAAAGGAAGCAUGAAGCUAUUUACAGAAGAUACAUCUCCAUGAAUAUAUUGGCAUUUGGGAUCACCUGUCUGGGAAUGGUCCUCCUGUUUAUUCCUUCCAAUAUUUCAAAUAUUUUCUGUGGCUUUGAGGAUGUUUCUCUUUUUUCCUUCCUCCUUGUAUGCAUCUGUGAUUAUCUGUUUUCUGAUCAGGAUUCAUCACUUUUCCAAGAAAUCAUUUGUUGUUCUUCAGAUCACUCUAAAAAAAUCCAAAUGAGAUGUGAAUAACAAACUAACAAAGCACCUUGUAAAGCAGUAAGGGCAUUUCUCUGUGGUGAUCUUGCACUCAUUUCAGGUAUAUUAAUGUCUCUACUGAAGUUAGGUGGCCUCAGGCACUGAAUAACUUGCUCUGUGUUGCUUUUUACCUGUCCAGCCCAGAGGUGGUGAUGGGCUUUGAGAAAUGCCCUGGGUGAGACCCGAGGAACAGCUUUACAUCUCCAGCUAGAGCAGCCCAGUUUUGCUCCUGUGUCAUGUCUCCCAAUCCAGCUCUUCCAUAGGCUCCUCUCCUCUUGCUGGAGCCUCGGGCUGCCCAGCAGGGCAUGAAUGAGAGCUGCUCUGGCUGCCUGCUGCUCCCCCUCCCUCUCCCACCUCCUCCUGAAACCUCCUCUCCUCCAGGCUCAGCCCCUCUUGCCUUGCUCCCGAGCUCUGCCCCUCCAGCUGGAGCCACAGGUUUAUCUGGAGGCAAGGAGCUCUGUAAACUGAGACCCAGGAGGAGGAGGGAUCUGCUGGACCCUGGAGGAGAAAGGGUUUAGCUGCCCUGGAGGAACGGAGAGAGGCAGAGCCUGGGCACCAUGGCCGGAUUCUCCACUCUUGGGCUCCUCUCCCUGUGUCAGUUUUUAGUCACAGCAUCAGCUCAGUCCCUUCAGAGAGUAGGACCACAAGGCCCUCCCGGACCACGAGGACCCCCUGGACCGUCUGGCAAGGACGGCAUUGAUGGAGAACCAGGCCCUCCUGGUUUGCCGGGCCCACCAGGGCCAAAAGGUGCACCAGGGAAGCCUGGAGCAGCUGGUGAAGCUGGAUUGCCUGGACUUCCUGGAGUGGAUGGUUUAACAGGAACUGAUGGCCCACCUGGCCCAAAUGGGCCUCCAGGAGACCGUGGUGCAUUAGGACCUGCUGGGCCACCUGGACCAGCUGGCAAAGGACUACCAGGACCUCCAGGGCCUCCAGGACCCAGUGGGCUCCCGGGUGGACAUGGAUUUCGGGGUCCUUCUGGACCUUUUGGUCUGCCAGGAUUCCCAGGACCUCCUGGACCACCUGGACCUCCUGGUCUUCCAGGCGCCCUUCCUGACGGCGGAGGGGACCUUCAGUGCCCAGCUCUGUGCCCACCGGGUCCCCCAGGUCCCCCAGGAAUGCCAGGGUUCAAGGGACACACUGGUCACAAAGGGGAACCUGGUGAAAUAGGAAAACAAGGAGAGAAGGGUAACCCUGGCCCUCCCGGUCCUCCAGGCAUUCCAGGCAGUGUUGGCCUGCAGGGCCCGAGGGGACUAAGAGGCCUCCCUGGUCCAAUGGGUCCAGCUGGUGACAGAGGUGACAUUGGUUUCAGAGGCCCACCUGGAAUCCCAGGACCUCCAGGGAAAGCUGGAGAACAAGGAAGCAAAGGACCUCAGGGAUUCCGGGGGCCCAAAGGAGAUACUGGUAAAGCUGGACCAAAAGGAAACCCAGGGGCUCGUGGACUCAUAGGAGAACCUGGCAUUCCUGGCAAGGAUGGGCGGGAUGGAGCCCCUGGACUCGAUGGUGAGAAGGGUGAUGCAGCUCCAAUGGGUGCUCCUGGAGAGAAGGGGCCAAACGGACUUCCUGGACUGCCUGGAAGAGCAGGUAUUAAAGGCUCAAAGGGUGAACCAGGCAGUCCUGGAGAGAUGGGAGAGGCAGGUCCCUCUGGAGAACCAGGCAUCCCUGGCGAUGUUGGUGUUCCUGGUGAGAGAGGGCUGCCGGGACCCAGAGGAGCAACUGGACCACUUGGUCUCCAAGGCCCCAUGGGAGCCCGUGGUGUCCGAGGUUUCCAGGGUCCCAAAGGGGCCAGUGGUGAACCUGGCCUUCCUGGUCCAACUGGAAUCCGUGGAGAGGCAGGUGACAGGGGUCCUAUUGGUGUUCCUGGUCCCAAAGGUAACCAGGGCAUUGCUGGAGCAGAUGGCCUCCCAGGUGACAAAGGAGAGCUGGGUCCCUUUGGUCCCCCUGGCCAAAAAGGAGAGCCAGGAAAAAGAGGAGAACUUGGUCCAAAAGGUGCCCAAGGACCUAAUGGGACAGCUGGAGCACCAGGAAUCCCAGGACAUCCGGGGCCCAUGGGCCAUCAGGGGGUGCAGGGUGUUCCUGGCAUCACGGGAAAACCUGGGCCUCCUGGCAAAGAGGCCAGUGAACAACAUAUCAGAGAACUCUGCGGGGAAAUGAUAAAUGAGCAAAUUGCACAGUUAGCUGCUAAUCUGAGGAAGCCCUUGUCCCCUGGAAUGACGGGUUGGCCUGGCCCAGCCGGGCCCCCAGGUCCUCCUGGAGCAAUGGGAAGUGUUGGGCAUCCUGGUCCUCGUGGUCCCCCUGGAUACAGAGGGCCAACAGGAGAGCUGGGAGAUCCUGGUCCCAGAGGUGACACUGGUGAAAAGGGAGAUAAAGGACCUGUUGGUCAAGGUAUUGAUGGGCCUGAUGGCGAUCAAGGACUCCAAGGACCACCUGGUGUGCCUGGAAUUACUAAAAAUGGCCGUGAUGGGGCUCAGGGUGAACCCGGCCUGCCAGGGGAUCCUGGUACUCCUGGUACUAUUGGGGCUCAGGGAACUCCAGGAAUAUGUGACACGUCGGCUUGCAUGGGAGCUGUUGCAGCAUCAAUUUCCAAAAAAUCAUAAACCAACAGUACAAGAAGUGAAGAAGUGACUGAAUAUUUAAAUAAACAGUGCAUUGUAAGAAAACAGAAUCCUCCUAGUGCUAAAUGGACAGAUGCUCCUUCUGUUCUGUUAAGUGGAGACUUUGACACAGUUCUAUGAAAAAGAAAGCAUCAGGUGAAAACUUUAAUUAAAAGAUGCUUUAUGAGUAUUUUUCCUCCCUCCCCAAUUAUUUUCCAGAAUUUUUACUGCUAAACAACCUCACCUUUCCUUUCUCCCUUUGCUCAAGAGUCCUGCAAGAGGAAGCAUUGUUCCUUUUUACCAUCACCCCCCCAUACACUAAAGAUCACGACUUCUUGCUAUAAAAGUUUGAGCCUUUUCAGUUGAAUCCCUUGGUGCUGCUGCCUCUGAUUUCAGUUCUGCAGGUUUGUGCACAAAGACACACGUUGUUAAGGUACUCAGGCACCAAACUUCCUCUUCUAUCAGUGGAAAUCAUGCAUUUAAAUAUCCUGUAUUUUAAUAUCUUAACAUUCUGGCCGGAGUAACGACCAUCACUUACAUAUAUGCUGUCACUUAGCAAUUUUCAGAUUGCACCUCAAAUAUUUGCCAAGACUAGUAAACAAUAAUCCUCUUGCAAUCAAAUUCUGCAAAAGGUGUAAUGUAUAUAUUUAAUUUUGAGGGAAGAAUUUUUGUAUAUUUCCAUAUGAUAAUAAAAGAAAUGAAGUAACAGCAUUUUCAUGACCUCUACUUAAGCUAUUUGCACAGUAAUUGUGAUGGAACCCCAUGUAAGAAAGGAUGCUCUUCUAAAGUCCAGCCAAAACCACCUGCAAUGAACUGUUGUAAAAAUAAAAGGAGAUUUUUUUU